GUCCUUAACCUAACAAAGUUUGAUGCUCUUGAUAUCCCUCGAUUUUUCUCAGUUUUUUUUAGCCGAUGGUUUAAUUCCGUUUUUUGUUAAUUUCAAAAUGGUUAGAGAAGGUUCUUCAAAUCUCAAAAAGAAACGCAAAACCAACAGUACCGAUGGUGAAAAAGAAGUUGAUGUUUAUAAGAAAGUUUGUGAAUUAGAAGAAAAAGAAGCCACAAAUCAUGUUAGCGGCGAAUACGACUCCGAACUGUAUUAUAAAAUAUGCCGCGACAUCAGUAAGGUUCUCUCAGAAGUUCGGGAUCUUAAAUACAACCAAGACGGAGAAAUUUUCGAAAAUAAACAAGAAUAUCUAAUGGAGAUUGGCGUCAAGGUUUGCUUAUUAAAGAAAUUGAAUAGGAUUGAUAAAUUAGGGCAUGUCUUUGGUAGAGAAAGUUUGAAUGUAGAAAAACAAAAAUGUGACAGCAUAAAGCUCAACUAUCAGAAUCUAGUGUAUGAAAUGCACCACUUGCUACAAGAAACUAAAAAGUGUUUGUCAUUUAUAUCCGAUGAUGAACACAUCGAUUUAGUCCCAGUCGAAGAUUUUAUGAACAAGGCACCGAAAUCGGUGACGAGCAAAUUCGAAAAGAUCGAUAAAAAUGAUCCGGAUCAGGAGCACGCGUUAAGAUUAGCUCGACUCGAGUGGGAACUUACCCAAUGCAAAGAUUUGGCCGAAGAAUGCAAAGUAAUGGAGGCGAAAAAAAAAAGCGUUUUGACAGAAAUCACGGAACGAAAGGAAAAGCUGAACAGUCUCGCGCCACUGUUGAGGGAAGUAUUAAAAUCUACAAAGCCUCUACUUGAACAUUUAGGAAUGACGGACGAGCAAACGAGACAGGAACACAAACUCGCUGUCCUUUUACCCGAACCUCUCUACAUACUUUAUGCGAAUACAUUUGCCUACAAAAAUGUUUAUGGAAAAAAUAUAAACAUUGAAAUAGCAGGCGACAAAGAAGAAGCUGUCCAGUGGAAAGAGGCUCAGGAAGUUUCGAAUUCGAGCAGUGAUGGGCUAAAUAAUGACGAUUCUGAGCCCGAGUCGGAUUUGCCAGAACUUGAGGAAGUGGUCGAAGUCAAGAAAAGAAGGCAUAGGAAGUCGAUAAGACAGGUGGAUCCGUUGGAAGAAAAAAAGAAAAAGUUGCUCGAAGCGCAUCCUCUGAAAAUCCAAAUUUCUAUGACUGUGAAGGAAGGUCCCACUUUGAACAUGACAUUCGCUUACUACACCAAACUCAAGAUUGUGGCGGUAACUUCGAAUGUUAUAGUUCCGACCAAAAUAACCGCAGUUACUGCGUCAGAUAUAUUAGCGGGCGGGAACAUUCUAAGCGAAUUACUGGAUGACGACGACAAGGGAUUGGAAAGUCCUAAUCCUAGCACGACCUAUCAACUUCAAAAGAACGGUAUGGGAUCUUUCCAAUCUUUGAUUUCAGAUAUCGGAUACCCGUUCAGGUGGGCUCAAAGAAUAUGUGGAAUCGACUUCUUGGCCGCUAGAAGGCCACUGGAACAGCUAAGCCAGCAAAAUGUGGAAACCGUGAUGAGUACUUUGCUCCAACGUAUGACAAUUAGGACUCAUUUGGCAAAACAAAUGCAAGAUCUCGAACAUAACAUACUACCCAAUGUACCAGCGACUAUAGAAUUUCCAGCGAAUACAGUGGCGGCUGUAUCAAAAUGGAAAUCUAUAAUGUAUCAAGACUAUUGUAAAUUUGAAUUUGUAAAACACUUUGUUGAAGAAGAGCUGGUGACCGCUUCGGACUUGUUUUACUCGGUUAACAUCGUCAGAGGCGGAGCCAAUCUGCAGGCUCUGAUAGCGAUUAAAAACGGUUAUCCGACACAGCCGCCGAUAUUCGGUCUGAGUCUGAAUUACAACGGCGUCCAGCAUUCGGCAAAUUCCGACGAAAUAAGGGAUUUGGAGAGGGUUCUGAAUGUAAAUUCAGAACAUGGUUCCCAAAGUGUCCCAUGGUUAUUGGCCCUUCAACUUACAAAUCUCUGUUCCUAUAUGGACGUUUAUUUGGAAUCAAUAGACCCGUCUAAUUUUCCAAGCAGUACGAAAUUCAUAAGGGCCAUCUGCGGACGCAACAGAAGGAGACCUCUGAAGUUUAGAAGAAUCGGAACUGGUCUUUUCACGCAGUAUUAAGGUAGUCACUCCAAAUAAAGCAUUUAAAAAGAUACCUCGUCUUU